AUGAAAAAACCUUUUCGAAACGCUGCGCCUUCUGACUCGCGGCAGCCUCUGCACGAAACACGACGCAUCAGAGCCCUCUCCGCCGAGCGAAGCUGCAGGAGGCUCCUCUUUUGCCAGUCGCCUCCUGCUGUCUGUACAGCAGCUGCGAGCGCCACUGCUGGGAAGAGCGCGAGCGUCGGCAGCAGCUGCUCUGCUGGCACGCGAACGCUGGGGGGCCGACUGCUCUCCAUCGACUUCAACUGCAAGACACGAACUUUUGGCGAAGCCUUUGCGCAUGCUCUCGGCGGCAGCAGCACUGCAGUGCGAGGCAUUCCCCACUUCUACCGCUGGCUCUGCAAUCAGUUCCCCAACUGCAUCCGCCCGCUGCAAAAAUACACGUGGCACAAGCCCAGAAGGCCCCCCAACAACAGCAGCAACAAUAGCAAGAAUAGCAGUAACAGUGGCAGCAACAGUGGCAGUAACAGUGGCAGUAACAGUGGCAGUAAAAACAGCAAUCCGAAGGAGGCUGCGCGGCAGCGGAUAUUGCAGCAGCUUUUGAAGGAGGAGCAGCUGCUGUUGCGACGUGCCGAAGCUACAGCAAGCGGCAGCAAGGCGUUAUUGAGUGAAUCUGCUGAAGCUUCAGAAGCCACAACCUUCAGCUUGCUGCAGCGCAAUCAGGAGGAGGAAGUGCCAAUAGAUGCUUUGCUGAUUGACUUUAACGCCUUGCUGCAUCUCUGCACUCAUGGCCACCUCCCCUCCCCCCUUCCCGCCAGCCUGCAGCUGCAGCAGCAUCUGCAACAGCUGCAGCCGUUGCUGCAGCAGCAGCAUCUCCCGAUGCUGUUGCGGCGAGUGCUCUCAUAUCUCGAUCUCCUCGUGAAGCUCGUUCGGCCGCGAACCCUUUUGUGCAUUACUCUCGACGGAGUGCCACCCAUGGCUAAGCUGUCUCAACAGCGCGGAAGGCGAUUUAGGCAGCAGCAGCAUGAGGAGCAAAAGCAGCAGCAGCAGCAACAGCAACAGCAACAGCAUGAGGAGCAAAAGCAGCAGCUACAGCAGCAGGAGGAGGAGCAAAAGCAGCAGCAGCAGCAUGAGCCGCAGCUCGCUACUGCAGCCAGUGGAGUAAAGCAUCCUCCUGCAGAAGCAGAUGCAGAAGAUGGAGAGGCGCCUUUCGACAUCAACAGCAUCGGUCCUGGCACACGUUUUACAUUUAUUGCGGAGAGUCUCCUGAAGCGAUUUAUUUUGUACAAACAAAAGAGCAGUCGAGUGUGGGGCAGCCUGCGCGCAGUGGUGUUCAGCGGAUCGGAUAUUCCAGGGGAGGGAGAACACAAGCUUAUGCAGCUGCUGACUUGGCAAUCCUGGGAGCUGCCAAGCACUGCCUUGGCUAAGGCCUGGUAUGGAGAAGUGCAGCAACAGCAACAACAGCAACAACAACAACAACACCAGUCCAAGCCCACUCAACAUCGACGUAGGACGCCAGCAACACGCGUGCGCCUCCUGCUGCCUCCUUCCUUUGAGGCUUUCUGCGAAACGUCUGUCAGCAACUCCUCAGCAGCAGCGGCAACUGAUGCAGCAGGGGGGGAGGCUUCUGCACGCCAAACAGGCCAGGAUACACUUGGCAGUCUCCUACCUACUAAGAAUCCCCAACAACAAAUGCAGCAACAACAACAACAAAAGCAGCAGCAACAACAAAUACAGCAACAACAACAACAAAAGCAGCAGCAACAACAACAAAUGCAGCAGCAACCUAACCUUGAGGAGCUGUUGGUUCCCUUGCCUGGACGCAUCUGCUUAUACGGCCUCGACGCAGACUUACUCGUACUGGCGCUUGCGCGUCACCGCCCAGGGCUCUUAAUUCUCAGGGAGAAGCAGCUAUCUUUGAGAGGCACGAGGGAUGCAGCUGCUCGGCAGGUGCUGCGGCGCAUGCACGACGCCAUCAAGGAGCAGGCGCAAGACGUAGCGUCGCAGGCUGCAGGAGAAAAGAGCAAGGCGAGAGGCAAGCGAGCGCAUCCGGGGCAGCUGGAAAGGGCGCGACGAUCCUCGUGUCAGGAGCUGCUGCUGCCUGCCUCGGGAGAUUUCCUGAAAUAUACGGCGAAAGACUUUGAAGUCGUGUGCAUCGACACCCUGCGGCGCCAGCUCGUGCGGUCCUUGACUACAGCAGCGGCAGACGAAGCAGCAGCAGCGGCAGACGAAGCAGCAGCAGCGGCUUCCCCUUCGGCUGUUGCAAGAAGAGGCACCGGAGCUGCAGACACAGUGCGCAGCAGUCUUCGCAAGAAAGCUCGCAAGAUGCUGCAUGCGGCCGACGACGAGGUUUCUUGGAGGGGCCCCCUGCCUCUCCGCGACCUCGCGCCGAGUCGGUUGGUCGAUGAUUUUGUUCUUUUAUCAUUUUUCGUGGGGAACGACUUUCUUCCGGCGCUGCCACACAUCAACAUUUUUGCUGGCGGUCUGUCCACGCUGCUUCAGACGUACGCGAGGGCGCUCCCCCGUCUGGGGGGCCCCCUGACUCGCAAGACGCAGAUCCACCUUCCCCGGCUCAUACGCUUUUUCGCGCUCCUUGCAGAUCAAGAGGGCCCCCACUUCGAGCCUCAGGGGCCCCCCGGACCGCUGGGAAGGCCUCUCGCAGCAGAGUACUACGCGUCGAAGUUCCCGCUGCGCGAGCUUGCGGCAGCGGAGAGUGACCCCGCUGGGCAGGGGGGGGGCCCCUCUGGAGGGGCCCCGAGGGGCCCCCAAGAGCGCCUUCCUGCUGUCCCUUUCGGGGCGUUCCGCCACGCGUUGUGCGCGCGCUACGUGUCGGGUUUGUUCUUCUUGCUGCACUAUUAUCACAGCGGUGCCCCCUCUUGGGCGUGGACCUUUCCUUACAACUAUGCCCCUCUGGCUUCAGACCUCGGGGCCCUUAGGGCCCCCGCGCUGCGGGUGACGCUCCCGCAUGCGCAGCCGAUCUCUCCCUACCUGCAGCUUCUGGCAGUGCUGCCCCACAGCAGCUGUGCGCUGCUUCCCGCGGCGUACAGACGCGUGCACACCGCUCCGACGCACACCCGCGUCGAGGACCUCUUCCCGUGCUCCUUCGCGGUGGAUCCCUACCCCCUCCAUGCGGUGCCGCUCCCUGGCAAGGCCUCUGAGCUGACUGAGGAGAGGCAUUCGACUGCCGCAGAGGGGGAGCUCGCAGCGGCAGGGGUACGAGCCGCGAUGGAAGAGGGGCGAAGCGCCCUAGAGAGGGCGCUCAAGAGGAAACCGACUGAGGACAAGGCAGCGCAACUCCCGGAGUGGCUCCAUCGGCCCCUCAUUCCCUUCUUAGACCUCCCAAGGUUGCGGAAGGCUGCGAAAGAGGCUCUGGAAGAGGGCUGGCCCUCCCAAAAAGGCCCUUGGAGGCCUGAAGACUUUUUCAGAAACAGACUGGGAAGGCCGCAUGUGUUUCUUUCCCCCCAGCUGCAGCGCAAGACUCGAAGCUCAGGGAGCGGAGUUGCUAGCAGCCUGGCGCGGAAAUCGCUCGAGCGCGCGAGCUCCAGCAAAACGCAGAGGGAGGCGGGCCCUUAA